AUACGUGGAGAUUAGACUUGCCAAAUGUCAGUCUCACGUGCACCUCCUGUAGAAGAAGAAGACCAGCAAAUCAUCGAAGAGCAGGAAGGCAUCGAAAUGGCACAAACCAAUGGUCAAGAAAGACGUGAAGCGUCGCAGCCAAACUCUUCAAAGUACAUCCAAAGUCUACGCGCCAAACACAAAGGCUUAUUCCGCAAGCUGGCAAACAUAAACACCGAACAGAAAGACGAUAGCAUAUCUCAAGUCCAACGAGGUAUGCUGGAAGAACUGAAAGCGGUGCAGAGCCAUGUCAUGGAUUUAAUCCUCGAAGAAUUGCCAGAUGACGUAGACGAAGAUUUGGCAAAAGACGAAGCAUUCCACUCACUAUAUGCUUCUAAGGCAGCAAGGUUGGUCGUAAUCGACAAAAAGCCAUCGUCAGCUACAACACCUCCUGAAGUUGCAUCAUCAUCGGUCUCCAUUCAGCAUCAUCUCAACAUCCCAAUGCCGACUUUUGAUGGUCUAUACGAACACUGGCCAACGUUCAAGGCCAUGUUCUUAGACAUCAUGAAGCGGACUAAUGACUCGGAUGCAGUAAAACUUCACCAUCUCAACAAAGCGCUGCAAGGGAAAGCAGCUGGCAUCCUGAACACGUCCAUUCUGAAUGGCAACAACUUCCAGGCGGCUUGGGACGUCUUGGAGAGGCGUUUUGAGAAUCCUCGGCUGAUUGUCGACAAGCACAUCGCAGGAUUGCUUCAGCUGAAGCAUGCACCCCGAGAAUCUGCAAAGGACCUGCGGAAGCUAGCGGAGACGUGCAAGAGUCAUGUGGAUGGCUUAGUGUUUAUGAAGCAGACUAUCGACAGUACCAGCAACCUCAUCAUCACACAUCUUCUCAGCUCAUGUAUGGACGCUGACACAAGGAAAGCAUGGGAGAGUUUGUUGGAACAUGGAGAGUUUCCGGAUCUCUUCAAAACUCUCGAUUUCAUCAAUCGUCAAUGUGAGGUGCUCGAAAGCUGCACGCCAGAGACGUCACGGAAAUCAACAAGCACCAAAGCUUUCACCUCCACCACAGCUGCCAAUCCAUCGUGUGUUCUGUGCCAGCAGCAUCAUACUCUUCAGAACUGUCCAACCUUCAUCGCGAUGUCCGUAGUGCAGAGGAAAAGUAAAGUACAGUCAUUGAAACGCUGUUUCAAUUGCCUCAGCGCUGGACACCCGGUUUCGCAGUGCCGAUCGAAAUGGACGUGCCGUAUCUGCAAGAAACGUCAUCAUCAUCUACUUCAUGGGGAGCAGCUUCCAGCAGCACCAUCUCUUCAGCCUCCAGACGCCGCUGCAACAUCUCAUCAGCUUCCAGUCGAUGCAGCUCAACCAACAUUCAUCGGGGCAUCGAUGACUUCAUUGACGACAGCAGCACCAUCUCUUCAGCCUCCAGACGCCGCUGCAACAUCUCAUCAGCUUCCAGUCGAUGCAGCUCAACCAACAUUCAUCGGGGCAUCGAUGACUUCAUUGACGACAGCAGUGCCAUCCACAGUGCUAUUGUCAACAGUAGUGCUCAACAUCACCGAUCGUGCCGGAGUUAGCCAUCCAGCAAGAGCUCUCUUGGAUAGCGGAGCUCAAUCCAACUUCAUCACCGGCAGAUUGGCACAGUUCCUGGAAUUGCCGCGGAAGCUAAUCAAUCUUCCGCUAUCAGGUAUUGGUGGCAGUACAAGAUCGAAUGUGCGACAUUCCAUCGAAACCACCAUCCAUUCUCGAUGCUCGAGCUAUACUGCAUCAUUGGAGUUGCUUGUGCUACCGAAGCUGUCAGCCAUUGGAAGAUACCUGAAACCUGCAUCUUGGCUGAUCCAUCCUUCAAUCGGCCAGGAACCAUUGACAUCAUCUUGGGAGCAACACACUUCUUCGAGAUCCUGA